ACUCCGUAUUUUUUAUCAUUAUUUAUUUAGGAUAUUGUUCAUAGUAACAUACUGACAUUCGUAAGAUACUAGAUAAGAUAUACUUUUUAUGGUAUUACAGACUCAGAUUUGUUUAGUCUGAGUUAGCAGACGAAUAGAUACAUUUAUAGUGGCCAUGUUCGAAGAACAAAUGUGAUCUUUGGUGAUGAAAGUGAUAGCAAUCGUUCUAGGAUGUCUCAAUUUCAUAGAAGACAAAAUUUCGCAUUAUGUUAAGAAAAUUUUGUUGGAGUAGAAAUUCAUUGCGCACUAAUUGAACUUUUGUUAAAUUUUAAACGUUCUUAUCCUGUAGCGGUACUUUUAAUAAGUUAAUUUUGGAGAGUGUUUUUUAUAGGUGAAGUAAAUGCUGACAUUGAAGAGAUGAGAGCUGUGGUAUAGUUAUUACUUGCCGUAAGAAAGAAAGGCGUAGUGUGGAAUACUCCUAAGAAUACCUUCCGGAAGAGGAAUGCUGUUGACAUGUCUGUAGUUCAACGAGACGAUGAGGAAUAAUCGAUGAAGAAUUAAAAUCGCACGUCUUGAUUGUGUAGAGGUACAAUAACAUCGCUUUGAAAAAAUGAUUGAACUAACAGUGAAAACACUGGACUCGCAGAAUCAUAGCUUUUCUGUGCCAGAUGAUACGACAGUGAAACAAUUGAAAGAGCGAAUAGCAGAGUCUAUAAGCUUCCCAGUUGAGUCUCAGCGCCUUAUUUAUUGUGGUAGAGUUCUUCAGGAUGAAAAAUUAUUAAGUGAAUAUGAUGUGAAUGGAAAAGUUAUACAUUUAGUGCAGAGACCUCCACCUCAGGUCACCAGGCAAAAUGGAAAUCAAUCCAGCAAUCGAACAACUUCCGGACAGCAUCGGCGUGCAAAUCAUGCUUUCCGGCCGCGUGUUGAUGCUAAUGCUAUGUACCUUGGUGCCAUGGCUUUUCCAGCAGAUCUCAUGGAUGCUCAAGGAAUACAAGCACCCCCUUCCUCAAAUGUUUUAUCAACCAGUCGUGUUUCAUUGGCACGCAACAUGCUCGCAAGAGCAUCUAAUGUAUUGAAUCGUUUGGAGAAUCCUCAGACUUCACAGGAAGAAACGCCAGAAACCCCACCAGGGGAAGACGAAAAUGUGACUGCUAGCUCGAGUGCAGUUGGAAGCAUCACUGUUACAGACAACGUAGGCGGUGGAAAUCAGUCACUGCCAUCAACUUUAGCACAUGCCACCCAAGCCGCCACAGCAGCUGCUAUAGCUGCUGCAGUGUCAGCUGCUCACGCAGUUGGUGUGCCUAACAUUACUAUUGUCAGAGGGGGUUCUGGCAGUGGCCAACAACAAGACGCCAGCAUACUUGUUAGUGGUAAUUCAGGAGGUGAUUCACAAGAUGCUGGUGCACAAGAUCAGCCUGCUACAUCUGAAAGUACCAGUGGAAAUAGUCAACCUACAGGAACAUCACCUAAUUCUGAUAAUAAUUCAGGAAGGGGUCCAGAAACUGUUAGGACAGCUGCUAUGGGUGAAAUUCUGGCUACAAUGACAAGAAUUCAGCAACGACUGAGUCCAUUCAUUCAGCAGUACCAGCGCUUAAUGAAUGAAGAUCCACCGUUUGAAGAAAAUGUGACUCUCGCUCAGGAUUCUCAGACGGUUUUUAAUGGUGUAUCAGAAGUCUUCCAUUACUUGUCUCAUGCUUAUCAUGCCAUGAGCGACAUCAUGUGUGACUUCAGCCAGCCACCGCCUCGCAGUCUGCGGUGUCGUCCCGUGCUAAUUCAACAUUCUGCAGUUCUCCAGGCACAGAUAAAUGUCAUGACAAACAGGGGGAGCGAUAACCGAAAUCGCCAAACAGCGUCAUCCCAGACAAAUAUCAGUACUACGUCAUCUGGCACAAAUAACACUAAUGGAGCUCAUAAUUCCAGUGCACCACCUGCAGUUAAUGUGUCUGAUCAAAGUGAAACUGCCAGUAAUGAAACCCCAGCAACAGCACCAGUAACUACUUCCUCAGUACAAGAUACCACAUUCCAACCUCAGGUUUCAACAACAGCUUCUUCGCAGCAGCAGCAGCAGCCACAACAACAGCAACAGCAGCAGCAGCAGCCGCAGCGUCAAACAGAAGGUAGCAGUGUUCCUCAUCCCACAUUUCACAUUACUCCUGGAAAUGUGGAAUUUUUCAUGGAAGUUGGACCUAGCAGUAUCACCAUAGAUUCUCUUGAGGCCACAGUUGUUACCAAUAGUAAUGGAGGGAACGGUGGAAAUGGAGGAACAGAUGGCAAUGGUGCUGGAGCUUUCCCUUGGGGUGGAGCAGCUCCACCAGAGUUUAUUCAAAAUUUAGUACAUGCCUUGGGUGGUCAUAUGAUGGGACGUAUGGGUGGUACUCAGAACAAUGGAAAUAGUGCAACUGGUGGAGUAACUGCUGGAGCCGUGCCAGCACCUGCAGCUGGCAACGGUGGACAAAACAGUCAAGCACGUGGAAAUACUGCUACGUAUCCUACAACAGCUACACAGACUCGUUCUACAUCAAGGCCUCAUGUUCAUCUUGCACCUGCUGCUGUACCAGGUUUGGGUUCAAAUUAUUUUGACCCAUUUCUUCCGUGUAACUCUCAUCACAUACGAAGCCGUCGACGUGGUGCAUCUCAGGCUGCGACGCAGCAACCCUCUCAACAGCAGUCGCAAACACAAUCACAAUCACAGUCACAGUCACAACAGCAAGUACCAGCUAAUGAACCUGAUGCCGAACAGGCUAACACUGCUGCAAUAGACUUAUCACAAGCAUCGGCUAGGACUUCUGCAACUGCAGCAGUGACAGCUGCUACGACUACCACUACCAGCAGCAGCAGCAGCAGCAGCAGCAGCAGCAGUGGCGGUGGCGGCGGCGGCGGCAGCAGCAGCAGUAGCAGUAGUACACUGCCAGAUGGUGGUGCUGCUUCUAACAACCACCACCAGCAGCAGCAGCAGCAGCAGCAACAACAACAACAACAACAACAACAACGGAGGGACUUACCUCCUGGAGUACCACCAAACCUUCUCGAAGUACUUCGAACCUUUAUUCCCAGGAAUGCUCAGGUACCACCACUCUCCAAUUUUCCAAAUCUGAUGCAGGCUUUCCAGUCUUUCCCUGCCUACUCCCAAGAUGCAUUAUUGGGAGCUUUAUUUGGCGGGGGUUCUCUGGCUGAUCUCUUAUCUUCUUUUCCUGAUCACAGUUACGUGGAAGGACAGUCUGUAUUCCUCGAUUUCUUGAUGACAAUGGCACAAAAUAUGUCUUUCAAUGACAUCAUCCUGUUGUCAGUGGGUGGUGUUGGUAUUUUAUCAAGAGUACGACCACGUCUACAAGACUUUAUCAGGCAAAAAGUCUUACAGGGGAGGGAUACUUCUGAAGAAAAUGUAGCAGUUGCAGUGCAUGCACUCUUACAGGAAUUGCGUCCUCAUCUGAAACUUCUGGGUCAAGCUAAAGUUAAAGAUGAAGUUGACAUAAUUUUAUCAGUAAACCAAUACAACCAAAUAAAAUUACCAGAAUUAAUUCAUAUCAUCAUGUCUGAAGCGAGAGAUGAUAUUUUUUGUCGGCGCUUCGUGCAGUGGUUUGUUCAGUAUGCAAGGGAAGUAGCUGCUAUUGUACGGUACUGCUGUGUUGAUGACCUACAAGGAUUAGUUAAUGUUGCAGAAAUUUAUGUGAGGCAGUUAAUGAGUGGGGUGCAAGCUGAUGUCCGGGACUGGACAAUUAGUAGUUCACUUUCACAGAUACAAAGUUUUGUAACAAGCCAAACUGUACCUGUUGAAGAUAUACAACCAUUUCUGGUGUACAGGAUUCCUUCACCACCAUCAUCCUUACAGCAUGGCUCAGUACCUGUAAGUUUUAAUGCUACCUCAGCAGAGCAGCUAGAUGAGGAAGAACAAGUAACAGAGCCAAUGGAAACUGAUUCAGAUACACCAACAGUAAAUGGCUCUUUGACCUUGGAUACUCACAGCUUUUCUGAGUCAGAGACAGAUGUUGUUCAGUCCCCUACAAAUCUCAUAAUGGAUUCAGAAACACUUCCAGAUGUUGUGAUAGGCGCAGAAACGUGGCAUAAUGUUUUGCCUUCUGAUUGGGUGCCUAUUAUAACACGUGAUACUCAGAGGCAGAGGAAACAGAAUUCACAGGCACCUUUCAGUGAUGCUUACCUUGCAGGAAUGCCAUCAAAACGCAGAAAAAUUGUAUCAAGUGCAAAACCACAAGGGAAUGUUGGCCAGAUUUUAGCAGAUGGAGUAAGACAUGCUGUGACAAGUGCUGGAAUGAGAGAGACACCAGAUAUGGAAGCAGCUGGAGAAGAUUUAGAGCUUCAGGCUGCUUAUCGUGAACAGAUGAAGUUGUCUUUCCAGGACAAUGUAGGCACAAGUUCUGAUGUGACAAAUGAACGAUUCCCAAAUACAACAAAAUAUUUUGAAAAAUAAUGUACUAUUCCUUGUGAUUUGCAUGAUUGCCACUUGUGGACAUUACAUUACUUCUGUUGAAGAUAACUUUGCAGUUGAGUUCCUGUCACUGUACGACAUAUAUUUGCCUAUUACGACACUUGGUGCAACUAGUGUGCCAUAAUUUCAAAUGUGAACGCAGUUGGUGUUGAAAUUAUAUUACUAAAAACCAGCUGUUGAGGGAGACACACAUACUGCACUUCCAACAACUGGAAAUAGAUUAGAGUUCAUGCUGAGCAUUUAUUUGAUAAUGUAAUUCUAAACUGGUUUGCAUUAAUCAAGUAUUAAUCGUAAUCAUUUUUACCUUUUACUUCAAGUAAUUUGACAUAGUUGAAAUUAAACUUUGAUUUGAUAUCUCUAAAUUUGAUUAUUCAUAUAUCUAUAAUACAUUUUGAAUUUCUUUUAUUGAAAUGAUGUCGAAAUUGUGUAGCAGCUGUUCAGGAAUGUUGAGCCUUGGAAAUUUUUGCAAGUGCACCAUUUGCAGUUGCUCACUCUUCACAUCAGUGUAUCUUAUUAUUCAUUAAAGGCAAAAAUUUAUAAGUUGUCAA